CGGAGGCGCGGUCCGGGUUGCGGGGCACUCGCCGGAAGGGGGACCCUCCUGCAGCGGCGGGAGCGCGGCCGGGCUGCUCUCCAGCACUGUGGGCUGGCGGUUUUGCGACGCGUGUACCUGGCGAACGAUGACGCCGGGCGCGAGCGCCCCGGGGUAGCGUGGGCGGUGCUGCGGGGCUCGGCCCGGGCAGCUAUGGGGCUCCUUUGGCUGCUGGUUCUGGCGGUGCUGGCUUCGGAAGUACGGGUGGCUGGUGGAGCCGAGACCUUCCGGAACUCCACGGAGGGUCUUCUUGAAUUUUCUUUGGGGAAAUUUAGAAAGUUCAGGCUCGCCCGGGCCUUUCCAGAGGAAGCUAUUUUGCGUCAUAUUUCCAGCAAUGUGACUUUUCUUAUUUUCCAAAUACACUCACAGUAUCAGAAUACAACAGUUUCUUUUUUUAAGACCCCCCUUCUCAAUGCCUCAGCGACGGGCACCGACAGAGGCCUGGUUUUCAUUCUUCUGCCAGAGCAGAACAUGAGCACUUGGUACUUGGAGACUGCGGAUGCUGAGUCUGUUCUAAACGUGGCCAUUACGCUCUCCUACUCAGAAAGAGAUCCUAUCCCCGGAGGCUGUAAUUUGGAGUUUGACUUAGAUAUUGAUCCCAACAUUUACUUGGAGUAUGAUUUCUUUGAAACAACCAUCAAAUUUGCCCCAGCGAACCUAGGCUAUGCAAGAGGCACAGAUCCUCCGUCAUGUGACCGUGGGACAGGACGAGAUUCUAGGUGGAGGCUGCAGUAUGAUGUCUAUCAGUAUUUUCUUCCUGAGAAUGACCUUGCUGAAGAGGACUUCCUAAAUCAUCUGCAGAGAAUGGCCGAGGUACCUCAGGUGAAGGCCAAUGCUAUCAAGGUGGUUACUCUAACAGCUAAUGAUAAGACAAGUGUUUCCUUCUCCUCCCUCCGUGGACAAGAUGUCAUUUAUAAUGUCAUUGUUUGGGACCCACUUCUAAAUACAUCUGCUGCUUAUGUUCCUGCUCACACAUAUGCUUGCAGCUUUGAUGCAGUAGAGGAUAAUUGUUCUUCCCUUGGAAGAGUAUCUACCAAAGUGUUCUUCACUCUGCUUGCCCUGCUUGGUCUCUUCAUUUGUUUCUUUGGGCACAGAUUCUGGAAAACAGAAUUAUUCUUCAUAGGCUUUAUCUUCGUGGGAUUCUUCUUUUAUAUACUGAUUGCAAGACUGACAGCUCUUAAGUAUGAUGUCCGUCUGACUCUGACCGCCAUCGCUGGAAGCAUCGGUGGCAUUGUCCUGGUGGCUGCUUGGUGGCGAUUUGGAGUCCUCACGCUCUGCAUGCUGUGUGUGGGCCUGGUGCUGGGGUUCCUCGUCUCGGCUGUGACUUUCUUCACUCCACUGGGAGACCUGAAGGUUUUUCGGGAUGAUGGCGUGUUCUGGGUGACCUUCUCUUGUAUAGCAAUUCUCAUUCCGGUGGUUUUCAUGUGCUGCCUAAGAAUACUGAACAUCCUGACUUGUGGAUUCACUGGCGCCUAUUCAGUGGUCUUGGCUGUUGACAGUUACGUAUACACAGGCCUUUCUUACAUCACUUUGAAUGUACUCAAGAGAGCCCUCAACUCGGAUUUCCGCAGAGCUUUCAUGUAUGAGCCUUUCCAAACUAAUGACUUUAUUAUCCUGGCUGUGUGGGGGAUGCUGGCUGUAAGUGGAAUUACAUUACAGAUUCGAAGAGAAAGAGGGCGACCAUCUUUUCCUCCCCACCCAUACAAGUUAUGGAAGCGAGAGAAGGAACGCAGAGUGACGAACAUUCUGGAUCCUAGCCACCAUGUCCCUCCUUUGAGAGAGAGGCUCGGUGGCCGAUUAGCCCAGAUCAAAGAGCUCUUUCAGAAGGAACAGCCGACUGGUGAGAGAACUCCCCUCCUUCUCUAGAUGUCGAGCACUUGGCCAGUAUGAUCUUGACGUACAGCCCAGGCUUGGCUUCAGCUGUGGUGUGUGUGCCCAGCCUGCUUCAGCCAUCGCCUGAGCAAGUCUGCUAAGAAAACAGCUUCUGUAUCUGUGCAUUGCAUGGUAUCCUGGUGUCUUAUUGAUACAUGGUAAGUGUGUGACAGGGAGAUUAUGGUAAUUCUAAGUAAGAGUGAGAAAGGUGACCAAAAAGUUAGUGGUAGGGAAGUUUUCCUUAUUUUUAAACCUUUUGGUCUAUAAAUAUAUGAUCAACUUAUUCCAUUAAAGAUACACUAAAGCCCUGGUGUUUCUCUUUAUAAGCCCAUGAACCGGCCUCUCACCUGAGUCUGUCUAAACUUAUGGGGGUGAGGGGGUACAGAAAGGGGGUUUAUUUAAGAGUUAGACUUCAUUUGGCACCAUGUUCAGAGGUUUAGAGAUUUGAUAUUGGGCCUUUGAACAUCAGAAUACUAAAAAAGAGUUAACUUAUUUUUUACUAAAAGUGGUCAGAUUUACUUAGCUGCAUCUUUCUAAGUAUUAUAUAUUAUCAAGAGGUACCUUUCUUCUUUUAUUCCAUUGUGGGAAAAUAUACAUUUCCCAUAUCAAUCAUUUUUAAGCAUGUUAUUCAGGAGGUACCCUUUGUUUUUGACUUUUAUUGCUUAAAAUGGUAAUUUAAAUAGUUAAAUUAUUUCAGUCACUUGAAAAUAGAUCAUUUAUACAGAUGAUAGAACUAUGGAUGACAUUUCCAAAUAAUGGCCUGUGUUUUCUAUCAGGGCCUUUUAAAAUCACAUUGACGGCUGAUCUUGAAUUUAAACUGCAUUAGAUGACAUGAAUUGUUUUGUUUCUGGAAAUAAAUUGGCUCCUAUCUUAAUC